AUGAAAAUAAAACUAAUUGAUUCGGUGGUGCGGAGUUUCAAGGUGGCAAAGAUCUUCAGAGAAAACACAGACAAAAUCAACGCCAUCGAUUUUGCCCCCAAUGGUGAACACCUCAUAUCCUGCAGCGAAGACGACCAGAUUGUAAUAUACGAUUGCGAAAAGGGCACGCAGUCGCGGACGGUGAACUCUAAGAAGUACGGCGUGGACCUGAUCCACUUCACACAUGCAAACAACACAGCUAUCCAUAGUUCUACCAAGGUCGACGACACCAUCCGGUACUUGAGCCUCCAUGACAACAAAUAUCUGCGCUACUUCCCCGGCCACACGAAGAAAGUCAUAUCGCUGUGCAUUUCGCCGGUUGAAGAUACUUUCCUCUCGGGCUCGCUGGACAAGACCCUGCGGCUAUGGGAUCUAAGAUCACCCAACUGUCAGGGUCUAAUGCAUCUUUCUGGCCGACCCAUUGCCGCCUACGACCCUGAAGGCCUCAUUUUCGCAGCCGGCGUCAACUCGGAAAGCAUCAAACUCUAUGAUCUUAGGUCGUUUGAUAAAGGUCCAUUUGUAACCUUUAAGCUAAACCAAGAAAAGGAAUGUGACUGGACUGGAUUGAAGUUCUCCCGAGACGGCAAAACAAUUUUAAUAAGCACCAAUGGCUCGGUUAUCCGGUUAGUGGACGCUUUUCACGGCACACCGUUGCAGACCUUCACUGGAUAUCCGAACAACAAAGGCAUCGCCAUCGAGGCCAGCUUCAGCCCCGACUCACAAUUCAUCUUUUCGGGCAGCACCGAUGGCCGAGUUCACAUUUGGAACGCAGACACGGGGAACAAGGUGUCCGUGCUGAACGGAGAUCAUCCCGGUCCAGUGCAAUGUGUCCAAUUCAAUCCCAAGUACAUGAUGCUGGCCUCCGCGUGUACCAACAUGGCCUUUUGGCUGCCCACAUCUGAAGAAGGCUUGUAGAGAUAGAUGUAUCAUUUGUGUGUUCUUGAUAAGGUUUAAGUUUAAUAUAAAAAUAACAAUUGUAAACACCAUCCAUUGGAUUCCAAACUAAA